AUGAACUUAACGGUUGUUACGCGUUAUAUUACUGCCGGUUCACCAGCGGUACGUGCAAAUUUCAGAAAUCGGAUACGAACCACACAGUCAAUUGUCGGAAGUUUCCUGUCACUUCUUCAGCUGAAACAAGAGGAGGUUGAGGCGUUGCACACGUCGCCGACUGAUCCGCUGUCGCAGGCCUUCUUCGAUGUACUUGUACGCGUCAGUGAAGUGCACAGGAAUGCAAAGCGGCUAUCCCUACUUGGCUCCGGAAGUGCCGGGUUAGAAGUGAUGGAGAAAAUGGCAACGUAUGAAGAAAAUGGCUAUGAAAUUGUCUAUCGCUGGAUACAACACGAAUGCUUGCGACUAAACGCGGAAAUGCCUGAUAUCACGCCGAUCCUUGUGAAGGCCGUCGCCUGCUUGCAAGCCCGUUCGACACUAUUCCAAAUAUUGCCGGGCUCGCAGGAAUUAUACCCACCACACGGAACAGGCGUGCCAAUGGAAUUCCUUUCGUCAGACCCGAUUCGAUAUAUUAAUGACAUGCUGGCUUGGAUUCACAAAUCUCUGAUGAGCGAGAAGGAACUUCUUUUAAAUCUGCUAAAGGCAUGCAGCCCGAAAGUGCUCGAAGAACAUUUACAACCAUCACUGGCUCUUUGCCUCGAAGGUGUCUGCCGUCCUUUUAAGAUUCGUGUCGAGCAAAUCGUGGAAAAUUCCCAUGGCCCCGUGUUAUUGUACCGUAUGUUCAGUCUCAUGCGCAUCUACACCGAAACUGUCAGCUCUUCGCUUCGACCGGACGCCGCUCUCUACGUCACAUUCCAAGAUUUGAAAGAGUUGCUCUCAAAUCUGUUUUCUUGUUCAUUAAAUUGUACAGUAAACGGCAUAGUUUCAAAGUUCGAAGUACCUAAAUCUGAUUUGCUGCCUGUGGUCUCUCAACAGCGUCUUUUGCUGCUGCUUCGAGAUCUGCUGGAGUCGCAUAGUCUCAUGCCGGUUCCUCUGUCCGAUAAAAAGCAGAGCUUCAGCAUGAUACUUUCAGCCAUUAUUGAGCCACUCUUAUCAGCGCUCAGCAUCAGCUCAACUCAUCUGACUGUCGUCAGCCUGGCCGUUUAUAUGCUCAACUCCAUUUACCCACUUCGCUCUGUAUUGUGCCUGUACGAGUAUACCGAUGAUAAACUGGAGAUGCUGCAAGCAAAGAUGGAAACACACGUCAGCGUUAUUGCCGAGGAACAAACCAAUUACAUACUUCAGUGCACUGGUCUAAUAAAGCUUUACGAAGUGCUUCGGCAGGUCGAUGAACGAGAAGGGAAGCAGUCACUUGCAAGCAACAUGGAUGAGUCAUCUGUUAAGUCUUAUCUGGAUUCAUUUCGUCAAUUUCUUGACAAUCCAUCAUCUUAUCUGCUGCCAAUCUACCAAUUGAUUGUUUCGCCAAAACUAAAGGAAUCGGUAAAAAAUGAAACUCGCAAUUCUCUUAUAAGCGUCUACGAAAGGAUUUUCCUUGCCCUCACAAACACGGAGGAGGAAGAUAAGUUUGGCGAAUUGUCGCUCGUUGUCAACCCAGAAAUGGCUGCCAAAAUGCUGAAGGAAAAAUUCUAA